GCGCACGUGUUGAUGAACAGAUAGACACAGCUGUUUGUUCUGCUAGCACGCUCCGUUGAACUCCUAGCUUAAAAAUACAACCAGGGCGUUGACUUUAAUCAAACUUUAUAAAGAGAGCGUGUUCGUGUGUGGUGGAGAAGAACCAGGCUGGGUCAAAAGCAUAGAAAGUGGUUAAAUUCCUGGAAAGAGGCGGAGAAUAAUUUUGAAUCAAACUUAACUUCGCCUACAACGUUGGAAGUUGCCACUUAGUUUUUCGAAUACGAAACAACGUCGACGUUACUUACCAUCACUUCAAUUCCAACGCCAUUCUGGAUACUUCCCGUCUUUUUCUGUUGAGAAACUUCCGUUUUUUUAAUUUGGACUUUUAUUUUUCUCAUUGAAAGAAGAGGCUUUUCAGGAGGCUUACCUGACGUCAGGAGCAGCGUCAGAUCUGGAGAGGCUUUCAAGGUCCAUUGAUGUUCCUGUGAGAUGGAGGAGCAGGUGAAUCCGCUUGACAGGGACCACAAUCUGUCUGUGGUCCUGCCUGGUGGGCUGGAGAAGGAUGCCACAGUGCAUGGGAGUAAACCAGUGAUGGACUUAUUGGUGACCCUUUGUGCAAAUUACCACCUGAAUCCAUCAGACUACACUGUUGAGUUUCUCUCGCCCAACAAGAACAACAUCCGCUUCAAACCGAACUCACCUAUCGGCUCACUGGAGGCGGAGAAGAUUGUGCUGAAGCCUAAAGGGAUGGAGGAAAAGAUCAGGAGGCCGUACAUGCCAGAGCCAUCAGUGCGUCUGCUGAUCAACUACAACAAGUCCCACAAAGCAGUGGUGCGUGUGAAUCCAAAAGUGCCCCUUGAGUUGCUGAUGCCAGUAGUGUGUGGCAAGUGCGAGUUUCAAGUAGAAACGACCAUUUUACUGAGAGACUCGCAGUCCAAGGAGCCGCUGGAUCUGACUAAGAGCUUAGACGACUACAAUUUGAGGGAGGUGUUCGCCAAAGACACAGCUAUCGAGCACCAGCAUCGAGCCAAGACACCUGAAAUAGCUGUCACGCCAACAGAGGUCAUCUCACCACCUCCACUACAAGAGCUGCCAAAGAAAGAGAAGAAGCAGAAGGAGAAUAAUGGUUUUCUCAGCUUAUUCAGAAGGAGGAAGAAAAAGCCUCCAAAGGAAGGGACAGCGAGUGCCCCAGCGUCUCCUGGCCUCAAAGUGGGAGUGAGCGCGAAUGUGCAGAGCGAUUCCUCAUCUAACACUGCAGACAUGCCUAAAAAGAGACGAGCCCCUCAGCCUCCAAUGGGAGCAUCACAGAGCCUUCCUAACAACCUCACCACAUGUCAUCUAAGAGGAGCGCAGAGGUCUGCAGAGUCCACAUUAAGAAGCACCAAGAGGAGGGCCCCUCCCCCUCCCUGCACGAACAGCCACCUGGAGGUGCCAGCACACUCGGAGGUCAAAGACUCUGUGUUACCUGCAGCGGGUGAUUGAUUGAAGGGCUGCUGCUGCUGUCUCCUUUUCCUCUCCUCCUUCCUCGACUCCCCUCUUCCUCCUCUCCGCCCUCCUCCUGCAUCGGCCUCUUCUUCCUCCUGUCCCAUCUUAGUGGCUUUUUAUGGAUGUGUCCCUGCUGCACUUAUUUAUUUAUCCUGUUUGCUCAUUUUGCUGUUCUUUUGUACUGUAACUUGUUGUGUCUCAAGUUUUGAUCCUGUUUGUGUGUUUUUCCUUUCAAAUUAUCAGAUUUUUGAAUGCUAAUUGUUGUGCCUUUGAUUUAAAUAGAAACCAAAUCAAAUGUAACUUGUAUUGUGAUCAAUGCAUGAAAAACUUCCUUAAGCAAAUAAUCUUUUCCACAUUCAAGCCCCUUUUCUUGAUUCUUUCUUUUCAAUAUCCAAUUUUAUAUCAGUGUUUUGCUGAUUUUCAUUUGAUUAAGGAGCUUUUAUCUUUCUUUUCCCUUGGUAUUUCUUCUAGUCCUUUUAGACAUUGUGCUGUAACAUUUAAAAAAAAAUACAUGUAUGCAAGUUUUUUUCAUUUCUAAACAGUAUUUUUCUCAAUAAAACAAAAUGUUGGAUCAUUUUUUAA